GAAUUGUCAACAACAGCAACAACUUGACUCUUCAAGAAACUUUUUGUUUACUAGUUUAAUUAUUCCUUUGGCCAUAAAAAAGAAAUUAUGGUUACAUUGCAAAGAACAAAGGAAUAGUUUUAAAUUUAAUUUGGAUUUAAUUAAAUCUAUUUUAUUUUCCAAUAAGAUAAAAAUAUUCUAAUGGUGAAGAAAUCAUUGACGAUAAUUUCUUGCCAUUUUCUACACAGUACUUAGUUUAAAGUUUAAAAUAAUGGAUCAGAUCUAUAUUUAUGUAAUGCAAGUUGUACUUGCUGUGGGUGUCACAGUUGGUUCCCAAACUUUAAAUCAAAGUAUUGAUAAGUAUCAUUGGAUGUUCAGCAUUGUGAGAUAUGUAGUUUACGACUUAACAAUAAAAUGUACCAAAAACUUAAGCACAAUGGGAUAUGACAUAUUACAUAAGAAAAGGAGGCUGAACAUGCAACUUGUUCAAAAUAUAAAUGCUGGUCAAAUAAUCAUGUUUAUUGGCUCAAUUGCAGUCUUAAUAAGCAAUAACGAAAAGAUAUUUUCUGAAGACUUCCUUUUGCUUUUCAUUGCCUAUUUGACUAUACAGUAUUCCAUAUUGGGAACUACACCCUUAUCUUCUAUAAGCUAUGGAGUAGGGAUGGCGUGCAACUUUUACGAAGGUUACCUCAUGCACGUGAUACCUUCAGAUGGUGGCAACUACGGUGGUUUCAUACAAAACGUCCAAGCUUUCGAGGCUCGCGAGGGCAUUGUAGUACCUGUUAGAAAAUUAUUCAUCGUCAUCACAAAGUCCAUGUACAGCCCUCCAGAUCUCCAAAUGUUUAACAAAGAAAAUAGAUCAGACCUCUCAAAGCUGGAGUCCUGUUCGGUGAGAAUUGGUGAUUAUUCAAAGGGGCCUCUUCCCUCUUUUGCGGCCAUUGAUGAUGCUGUGAUGUUCCAGUCGCUGGAAGAUCGGAGUAGGGAUGUGGGAGGUAUCAAGAACCGUAGCUAUAAGAAUACGGCGUACAAGAUCCACCGACAACGCGGACCACCCGUCUACCUCGUGGCAGAGUGUGCUACACCAUUGUACACUUUAUACCGAGUCAUGGAGAACAAGGAGUUGUAUGAUGACUUGGCCAAGGUGAAUAUCCAAGAUGUUUGUGAAGACUUCUGCUCCACAUUAUUGAGGCUUCUGGACAGGAGUUCAGAGUGCAGAGACAAAGUGGAACUGGUUUAUUAUGAUGAUAAAGAUCCUGAAGCAAACUUAGCAGAUGUGUUACUGACCAGAAUACAACAAUUGGAACCAAAGCUUGAAGAGUUGAUUCGUAAAAUGGAUCGGAACACAUAUAGUUAUGUUAUGCAAGUUUUAUUUGUGGGUGGCAUCUCAUUUGCAUCACAGAGCUUGGAUUUCAGUAAUAAACAGACUUUGGCAAUAAACAUAGCCCGGUUUGUGCUGUAUGUGUUGAGUGUCCAGGGAUUCUGUGAAGCGUGUGCAGUGUUAUACAACUGUGUUUGUCAUCAACGGCUCCCAGAAGUAAAGCUCCUACGGAGAGUACACAGACACCAUGUCAUGAUGUUCCUGGGGGCUGUUGUACUCCUGCUGACAUAUGAACAACCAAUCAUUGACGAAAGAUUCUUUUUCAUUUUAAUCGCAACCUUAAUUGCCAAGUUUCCAGAGAUUGAGAGAAAAUUAGAUGAGAAAAAGACAGUAAACUAUGGCAUAGGUAUGGCUUGCAGCUACUUCGAGGGUUACCUUAUCCAUGUUCUACCUUCAGACGGCUCUAAGUUUUUUGGGUUCUUGGAGAAUAUCAAAAUAUAUGAGAGCAGAGAGGGAGUAGUGUUCCCAGUGAAGAAGCUGUUUGUAGUGGUUACCAAGUCCCUGUUCAGUCCUCCAGCGCUGGAGGAGUUCAACAAGACUGGCAGAGACGACCUGCCCAAACUAGAAGCUUGCAGUUCAUUAAGUGAAAUAGAGAAGGACGUGGCCGGAAUAAAAAACCGUAUAUACAGGAGCACGGCUUACAAGAUCUACCGGCCCAAUGCACGGCCUGUCUGUAUCUGCACGGAGGGAGGCACGCCCCUCAACACUUUGCACAGGGUCUUGAAGAACAGCGAGCUUUCUGAAGAACUGGCGGGUAUCAACCGCGAAAAAAUAGUGCUUGACUUCUUAACUACACUGCGCAAGCUGAUUGCCAAGAGCCCAGAGUGCAGGGACAAGUGUGAGAUCGUCUAUUUCGAUGAUUCCAACAGAGACCUAAAUUUAGCUGAUCUCUUGUUAGAUAGGAUCCGGGAACUGGAACCGAAUUUUGAAGAAAUCAUCGCAAGAAGGAGGUAGUCAGUAAAUUUAUUCCUUUAUUUCUAUAUGUGCAAAAUAAAGCAAUCCAAUUUUAUGACGGUGACACAGUAAAACUUUGUCUGCCAGUCCGUUUAACAGACAACAGAAAAUGUCUACGAUUUGUUUUGUUUUUAUUAAGUAGGUAUUACAUUAUUCCAACGAGACGUCAGUUAU